UUAGCAACAGGUACACUUCCAUUUCUAACAUUUGACAAACAACUGAUUCAAGAUGUAUGCUGUCAAAGCACUACAAUUCUUAGACAAAAAGGAUCUUAAAUGUGCCAUCUGCCUAGAGAGAAUGACAGAGCCAAAGACACUCAAGUGCCUCCAUAGUUACUGUUGUCACUGUUUAGAAACUUUAAUGCAAACACAGGGCAAGUUGAGGUGUCCCAAAUGUGGUAAUCAUUAUGAACUAACAAAAGACGAUUUGAAAAACUCACUUCUAAGCUGCAUUAAACAACACAAGUUAAUACCUGCAUUGAAGGACCAUCCGUUGUACAUAUUAGAUGAGAAUGAAGAAGGAACCAAAGACGAACCCAACAAAUGUCCAACCCACUACAAGAAAGAGCUAGAAUUUUACUGCUCAACUUGCAAGAAAUCAGCAUGUGAGGAUUGCAAGUAUGUACUUCGUUGCUAUCAAAAUAAACAUAAUGUGAUACCAAUGAUAACUGCUAUUGAUGAUUUUAAUCACAAUGCUAAUGAAGUUAUUAAUACAGCUCAAGGCAUUAAAAACAAAUUGCAAGGAACACUUGAUUCAAUUACUAAUGAUAGAUCUGACUUUGAAUAUCACCUAAAGUUAUGCAGAACAGCUAUUGAAGUGAGGGAGAAGACACUUAUCAAGAAAGUUCAAGAGAAAAGCAAACAAUUAAUUUCAGACCUUGAAAAAUUAUACAUAGAAAAGAAAGAAGAUGUUGAUAGUCAAGUUAAGAAUAUUGAUACAAAGCUGUCUAAAGUUAAUAAUGUGAUGGCCAUAAUCAAUACAAUGAUGAACAAACCACAAGAAACUGAAACUCUUGAAUCCCAUAAGACAACUAUCAACACUGUCAGAGAUGAGAUUUUAGGAACUGAUUUUGAAAAAUCAUUUCAUAAAAAAAAUAUUACACCAACUUUCAUUCCAUCUACACACUUGGAUGAGGUAAUGAAUACUGAAUGCAUUGGUAAAAUCACAACUGUUGAUGGAAUGUACAAGGUUGAUCAACAUGAUGAAGCAAUUACCGUCACAAAAGGACAAACAUUUGUAGUAACCGUAUCAAGCUUAAGUGAGAGCGAUGCAUGUAAAUUAUCUGCAACUCUAAGCAACCCAUCAUAUGAAAAAUCAGCCACUGAAGUAGAAUAUCAAGGAAAUGGAGAGUAUAAAAUAACAGGUAAAUGCAAUGUGGAAGGUGAUUGGCAAAUGAAGAUUAUAGUAGGAGAGGUGCACAUCAAAGGAUCUCCAGUGAAUAUCAAAGUGGAAUCACUGGGACUUGUACAUACCAUUGGUAACAUAUCAGAUUAUAAAGAACAUUACAAAACCUGUAAAGUGGCAGAUGUAGUGUUAGACACAGAUGGAUGCAUAUUAGUAUCAAGCUACAGUAAAGAUAUAUUAAAGUUCAAUCAAUCAGGUUCAUUUGUUGCUAGGAUACAGGUGCCACAAGAUGUGAAGGUCCAUAGAAUGCAUCUAAUGUGUGAUGGUCAUAUGGUGUACACUGAUAUCGUAGGAGAAUUUGUUGUAAUGUGUGAUGAUAAAUUUAAAGAAAUCAUCUCAUUCGGUAAAGGAAUAUUGAAAUAUCCAGAGGGAUUGACAGUAAACAAAAAAACUGGAGUCCUGUAUGUAGAAGAUGGGGAGGCUCACUGUGUGUUUAAAUUCAAUGUUGAUGAUGGUAGACUACUAGGUAAGAUAGGUUCAGAGGGUAGUGAAGUAGGUCAGAUGAAUACACCAGUUGAUGUUACUUUAACCAAGGAAAGUCAUAUGAUCAUUGCUGAUUUCAACAAUGAUAGAAUACAAAUGUUUGAUGCAAAUGAUAAGUUUAUGCGAAUCCUUGUAGGCUGUGGUGAGGAAGAUGGUAAAGUUUUGGGUCCUUGUGGUGUAACCAUGGAUAUGGAUGAAAAUAUAAUAGUGUCAAGUAAUCAUAAACUACAAUUAUUUGAUAAAAAUGGUGUCUUUAUUAAACGAAUAGAUCAUGAAGAUGAUGGAUUAGAUAUCCCAUAUGGGAUCACUGUGAUCUCCAAUAGACCAAGAAGAGUAGCAGUAGCAAACCACAAAGCAAACAAUGUUAAAAUUUUUAACUAUUAAAUGACAUUGAAAUAUUAAGCCAUCUAUAUUAUAACUAAAAUACACGGUACAAUUUGAUUUAAAUUCUCAUAAAAAUAAAGUCACAGUAAAUAUUGUACUGUUACUUGUUAUUCCAGGACAAUAUUCAUUUAUGCCUGUUUAAAGUAAUAUACAAGCAGCAGAGUAGUUCUGCAAAUGCUCAGUUUUGACAUUAAUUAUACUAUGUUAUUCUACGUUACUCAUUAGACAAUGUUGUCAGAGUGUUGCAUCAUGUAUGUGCGAGUUACACAAAAUAGUAAUAAAAUGUCUAUAUCAAAAUGA